AAAAAAAAAAAAAAAAAAAAAAAUCCGCAGUUGUAAAACUCGGCCCUUUAAAAAAGAUCGGAUCGAUUUCGAUGCGCGACAGUCGACACCGCCCGCGACCCUCGAACCCAAGAAUUGAUCCGACCCCGACCCCGACCCCGACCGGGACCGGAACGCCCCCCGUUGCCUCUCUCGAGUUUGUGCUAGCGACCAGAUCUAGGAGGACAGAUCCUAGAAUCCGAUGAAUAUAACCAAUAGUGUCCACGCCAAUGGCGGCGCGGGUCCCAUAAAGAAGGAUAUAGAGGUAACCGAAGAGAAACCUCCCGUGAUCGACGCCGGGUUGCGAAAUUUGGAUCAUUAUAAGCGCGCUCUUCCAAAAUGGCGGUACGAGUUGCGACAGCGAGCUCUCCCUCUCGUCAGGUGGGAGACGCCUUAUCUUGCUUGGCUACAGGCCACCUUGCGCUCUCCUGCGCUCGACAGCUACUUCGCCAUUACCGCCAACCUCGGCACUCAUACCUUUUUCAUGAUCGGUCUACCUAUAAUGUUCUGGUGCGGGAAUGCGUCUUUUGGGAAAGGAAUCGUACAUAUUCUCGCGACAGGCGUCUUCUUUACCGGCUUCGUUAAAGAUUUCUUCUCACUACCCCGACCACUCUCUCCACCACUCCAUCGUAUCACCAUGUCUGGUUCCGCAGCGCUCGAAUACGGCUUCCCCUCGACCCAUUCCGCCAACGCCGUUUCCGUCGCCGUCUACGCCAUCCUGUGCCUCCACGAUCCCGAUAACCCUUUCCAACCCGCCACUCGCUCUACCCUCGAGGCGCUCGCCUACUUCUACGCGAUUAGCAUCGUCUUCGGCCGCCUCUACUGCGGCAUGCACGGCUUCGUCGACGUCAUCAUCGGCUCCCUCAUGGGCGCCAUCAUCUCCCUCGUCGAGUUCUACGGCGGCCCCGCCCUCGAUCUUUACCUCGGGCAGAGCUGGGUCAGCCUGUGCGGCCUCUUGCUCAUCAUCAUCAUCUUGAUUCGCGUGCACCCCGAGCCCGCGGACGAUUGCCCGUGCUUCGAUGACAGCGUGGCCUUCGCGGGCGUGAUGAUGGGGCUGGAGAUCGGGACGUGGCGUUUCGGGAGGUCGUCAUGGGCCGAUAUUCCGUUCGACGCGGCGGCGCUGGGUUGGGCCGCCGUCGGGCUGCGCAUCGUAUUCGGGGUUCUGGUCAUCUUCGCGUGGCGCGAGGUGGCCAAGCCGUCGCUGCUCAAGGGCCUGCCGCAUCUCUUCCGGCUCAUCGAGGUCUGGGGCCUCAGCCUGCCCCGCCGCUUCUUCAUGCCGGCCUCCGAGUACAAGAACAUUCCCUUGCGCCUGCGCGUCGACAACGUCAUGCCCAACGUCAGCGACCUGCCGAACCUGCUCACGGCCGUGCGGCACCCCGGCCGCGGCCGCUCCGUCAGCGUAGGCCCCCAGAGCGCCGCCGACGCGUACGAGACCCUGGCGUAUCGCGAGCGCAGGCGCAGGGAGAGCGUUAGCGUGGGUGCUGGUAAUAACGCCAAUGCCAACAACAGUAACCUUGCUGCUCCUGGUAGCGCCGCGCUGCGUAAUAGAGCUAGCGUGCAGGAUAUCAAAGAGCAGCAGCAGCAGCAGCAGCAGAAAGAGAAUGACAAUGCGCGGAGCUCGGCAGUUAGUAAUAGUAACGGGGCGCAACAAUACAACCAACAACAACAACAACACAAUCAACGCAACCAUCAUCAUUAUACGCCGAGCGACUUCGAGGAAUUAAUGGGACAAGGCACGGUGGUUGUCUCGCCGGCCGAGACGGGCGGGGAGCCGGAUUUGAUCGUGGGCCAGCAUGAUGAGUUGGGUGAGAAGGAGGUCUUUUCCAAGUUGGUGAAGCCGCGGGUGCGGUAUGAUGUCGAGGUUGUUACGAAGUUGGUUGUGUAUUGUGGAAUCGGCUGGCUGGCCGUCGAGUUUAUACCCGUACUAUACGAGAUUAUUCCCGGCUUAGGUGCCGGCCACCUUCGAGUGGCGUAGCCAGUCCUCUCGCGCAGUCGAGGACUUAAAUAAAAAAGCAAGACAAGGAAUUACGACGGCAGCUUCGUACUUGUCGUACCUGAUUUAAGUACGUGUGACGCUUGCGAUGAGAACAUUGUUACGAUACAUAGGUACAUUAGGGACAUAUAUGUCUACGAUGCCGGUUAGUUGCGCUAUACUCGCAUGUCCGGGCCUUGUGAUGAUAGGUACCUAGGUACCUAUGGAAAUAAAUUCCCGUUCUUCACUUUUUCUUUUUCUAACCUUCUUGUAUAUAAUCACUUGUAGCAUUUAUUAAUAUAACUUGUAUAAUUUCCUUUA